CAAAACAAAAUACUCUCACUAGAAGUUCAUUUUUCCCUGGAUAAAUAAUUAAGAAUUACCCAACUGAGUCAGUGCUCCACCACAACAUCACUCUCUCUCUCUCUCUAACAAGUUUUUUGGUUCAUCCAAAAAGUCAGCGCCAUCCUUUGUGCCUCUAAUCUCACCCUCUGUCUCAGUCUUAAUUUGCUCUCUACCAGUUGUCUCCAUCGGGCAUAACAGAAACUGAAGCACCACCAAUUACAACUGAGAUUUCUUCUGCAAGAAUUUCUAGAUAUAUAUACCCGCAAACCAAUUAUUCUCUCUGAAAAAUGACUCAUGAGGAUUGGGAUCUCUUUGCCUUAGUUAGAAGUUGCAAAGCUGCUACCUUUACUGCCACCACAAACACAGAAACCCCACCCACCACCACCCCCAACACUACCUCUUGCUUGGAUUUGAGCCAAGAAAAUGGCUCAUUAUUCUCUUUUCCCAGUCUUGUGCAACCAACAACAAAUGGGUUCCAAGAGCUUCAACAUCAACAAUUAGUAAUAAACUUCAACCCCACCAACACCACCAGCACCACUACUAGCACUAGCACUAUCACUAGUGAUCUUGGCAUCAAUCCCAACUCCACUUUGUCUGAGGUUGUGGGAUUCAUUGGACAACAGCAAGGUUACCACCACCAUCUCCUUCCUGCUCCCACAAAUCACACCUCCAUUGGAACACCCACCACUACUGGUUUUGACAGAUUCCAACACCACCAACAACAGCAACUCCAAAGCCCAGAACAAAACCAACCACCCCCUCAAGCACCCCAAACAAGUCCCAUCCUUUCACCAACCACACAACCGCAAACACCCAGAUCAAGAAAAAGAAAAAGCCAACAGAAGAAAAUGGUGUGCCAUGUAACCGCAGACAACCUGUCAUCAGACUUGUGGGCAUGGCGAAAAUAUGGACAAAAACCCAUCAAAGGCUCUCCAUAUCCAAGGAACUAUUACAGAUGCAGUAGCUGCAAAGGCUGCGUCGCGAGAAAGCAAGUAGAACGAAGCACCACCGAACCCAACACGUUCAUCGUGACCUACACCGGCGACCACAAACACGCGAAACCUGUUCACCGGAACUCCCUCGCGGGAAGCACCAGAACCAAGCCAUCCACGACCCGUUUAUCCGAACCCAAUGAAUCCGUGUCUUGCCCAAAAAAAGAAAACGCAUGUUCUUCAAAUUCCGAGCUUUCUCCAAUGUUGUCAGUUUCUGACACGCUGGAAAACGAGGAAACGGUCUCGGCCAGCGAACCCGAUUGCCCUGACAUGGAAAUUGAGCCCUCUGAUAACGACGACGUUUUGAUACCUAACACGGGUGCCAUGUCCGACGCUGUUCUCUUGGGCUUGACCAAUGUUGAACGCGACGGCGUUUCGACGUCAGAAAAACACUUCCGGGUCGAGACAGUCUUAUCCGGAACCCGACCCGAUUUCCAACCCGGUUUAGAUUCUUCAGCUCUUCGCCGCACAAAACUCGCCGACCUUCAUGAUGAUUGUAAUUUGUAAGUUCUAUUUUUCUUUUAUAGAUAUAAUUAUAGUUUUAGUUUCUAAUUACAGUAUGUAUAAAUAUUAAUGUUUAUAUUCUAUUUUUAUUAUUAGACCCCAACCUUAUAUU